AUGUUCCGGCAGGAUCGGCUCCUAAAAACUUGUUGCGACGCACCGUUUGCAUCAUUUUUGCUUCCCCAAAUGGACAUACGUGACGCUGAAGAAAUCCUGUGUCUGCUCGAUUCGUGCAUUUCGGCCAUCAAAUGGCGGCUGAGGCCUUCGGCAAAGCGCCGCCUAGAAACUGAUGUCCUUGCUCUAUGUACUCGACUAAGGGCCGUGGUGAUGGUUGACUAUGGCGGAAAGAUGCCAGAGCUACAAGAUCAUCUCCGUGAUUUAUUGAGUUCUAUGCGCAAGGAGUGCACAUUGCUACUUCCAUUGAAUAUAAUGAUAAUAGAAGAUAUGAUUUACAUGGUACAUGUUGAAGGAAUGGCCGAGUUGUCAAAUCUCUCCUUACAACAACGACUACAUUUUGUAAACCUUGAAGCUGAUCCUCCACAGUUGAUUUUGCAAACAAAUCAGACCUUAUCAAUGUCUGAAUUUGUAUCAGUUCAAAAGCUAUUUUCUUCCAUAUUUCCAUGUAAUGCUGUUGUCAAUACCAUACAUGGAGCUAUGCCCUCAUCCAUGGAUCAAAGUGUAGAACUGUUGCAACGCAAUACUAAUUUGGCUUCCAUCGCUGAUCUGGCUGCUUCUCAACAAUGUGAGAUCAUUGAUCUGACCAGUUUCCUAAAAGACAUGCAGAUUACCAUACCAGCUCUGAAUGGGUGGCUUCUUGGUUAUCCCGUAGUAUAUUUAUUCCGGAAAGAGCACGCUGCUGAUGCUGUGUAUAAUCUCUCCACAAAGUAUCUCCAUAUCUACAAGAUAGUUAUUUGCAGACUUCAGACACCCAGCAGAAAAGCUUGCGAAGAAGAGCUGCUGAGUUUCUCGGUACCAUAUGAACUGAGCUUAGAGCGGGAAAAAGAAGCAUGGGCAGAAGCUUUUUUCGCACACAUGCUGGCAAAGUUUGAGACAUGCAAGCAGGUUUGGUCGAGAAUUCGCUUAGAGGUUGAAGAGGCGCUACACCUGUGUAACACUUGAAACCCUUUUCGCCAAGAGUAACCAGAAGAAGCUCCAUGGAUGGAUGCCAGCGUGGUAGAGCUACUUCAUCUUCAACUGAGUCUUUUCCAGCCAAGAACUCCAUCUCAGCAUUACUAAUCUUAAUGAUAUCAGCCUGUUCCCAUUUGCUCAUGGUUUGCUUCUUUGCCUCUGCUUCCGAUGGCCAUAAUGGCAGAACUCCCCCACCUAUUUUGCCGCUUCAAAUGUGGAGAUCUGCAUGGUUCUGUGAUCAAGCUUAUAGAUCCGUAGUGGAAGAUUUUUGCCUGGAUGUAGUCGAGAGCAAACAGGUUGAUGAAAAAGAAGGGAAUGAAUUGCAUAUAUCGUCCUUCGACAGUUAGAGACGUGUUAUAAAAGGUUCGGCCCACUAUUUUCAAAGAGACUUGGAGAAGACUGAGAGAAUUGAAUGUGCAUCAAUUUUUUGAACUCUCCCCCAUAUCCUUAAGAUCAUAUCCUAACUAUGCACAUUUUGAAUUGCUCGGAUAUUGAUCGUGUGCUAUUCAGAUUAGGUGGGAAGGAGGUGAGUUUUGAUGCGGAUCAAGUUGCUUUGCUAAUUGACAUGCCCAACAGAGGACCAACAGCAAGCUAGAAAAAACAAGCCCUCAGUGGUAUGGAUGCCAGGAAAAUAAAGAGUGAACUAGCUAAGGUGUCACUCAGAGAGUCUUUCGGUGUCGUCGAUGAACUAUUUAUUAUGUUUUUUGUUGGCAAAUUUACUAGUCCCUUCGAGCAAUUUUGGUGUGGUCGAAUGACUUUAUUCAUUUGCUGAGAAUUUGGAUUCUUUUGCUACAUUUAAUUGGCCUGCAACUAUAUGUGAA